UUUUACAGCCAGGCAUAAUUUGUGGUUGUGAUUGGAAAUAUUAGUGACGCACUUGCUAAAGCUACAAGUACAUUAAAAUUGACCUCGCCCUGUGGUUAUAGAGGAUGGACUAUUGUUUUUUAUUAGACUGCACAUCCAGGUUUGGCAUCUGAUUCUGGAAGAACCAGCUUGACAGGAACACCACCUGACCCUGUUUUAGUGACCUCAACCUUCCCAACUAGUGAGGAGAAGCAGAGUGUAUCAGUGAGUUGAAGGAGAUCACAGGAGGAGGCUGCAGGUCAGAACAAGACGCUUGCUGAUUGGACUGAUUUUAACCAGGAGAACAGAGAUCAGCAUGGAUGAUCCAUUUGAUUCAGAUCCAGAAAUGGAAGAAAUUAGAGAAGAGCUGCAAACCAACAGGCCUGCCUCAGCAGCUGCAAUGAUCCAGGAGCAUUUGGAGCAGCAGAAUAAUAUUCCACUAAAUAUUGGCAUCACAGGAGAGUCUGGCUCUGGUAAAUCCACCUUUGUUAAUGCCUUUAGAGGCAUAGACAAAGAUGUGAGGGCCGCUCCUACUGGUGUUGUAGAAACCACCUCAGAUGUUGCACCAUACCCCCAUCCAAACUAUCCCAAUGUCACAUUGUGGGAUCUCCCUGGCAUUGGAACCACCAGGUUUCCAGCUGACAAGUACCUGCAGCAUGUUGGAUUUGAGAGGUUUGACUUCUUCAUCAUCAUCUCAGCUGAUCGCUUCAGAGAAAAUGAUGUGAAACUCGCUCUGGAGAUUCAGAGGAUGAAGAAAAAGUUCUACUUUGUUCGCUCAAAGAUCGACCAUAACUUACGUAAUGCAGAAAGAAGUCAGAGGGAGUUCAACGCAGAAAAAACUCUGACACAAAUCAGGGAAAACUGCAUUCAAGGUCUUCAGGAACAAGGUGUUGAGUCUCCGCAGGUCUUCCUGGUGUCCAGCUUUGAGCUCCACCUGCAUGAUUUCCAUCUGUUAGAGGAGACUCUAGAGAGAGAACUUCCUGCUCACAAGAGGAACGCUCUGCUGUGUUCCCUGCCCAAUAUCAACCGUGAGAUCAUCAACAAGAAGAAAGAGGUUUUACAGUCAGGAAUAAAGUCCUAUGCCUCUCAGUGUGCACUCGGAGCAGCUGCACCAGUCCCUGGGCUCUCUGUUGCUGUUGAUAUAGCCAUUCUGAUUAAAGCCAUCAAAAAGUACCAAGCUACUUUUGGUCUCGAUAGCGAGUCACUGCAGAAUCUUGCUCAUACUGCAGGUGUACCUUUGGCUGAUCUCAAAGCAGUGAUGACAUCACCACUGGCUGCAGGAGAAAUAAGUAAUGAUCUUGUCAUCAAGGUAUUAUCAUUAUCAGCAAGUCAAGCUGCAUUAAUGGCAGCAGAGGAAGGAUCCAGAUUCAUUCCAAUAAUUGGAAUCCAAGCAGCAAUGAGCCUCUCUUUUACCUCCACCUACAGAAUGCUCAGUAGUUCCCUCAACAUGCUCGCUGAGGAUGCACAGAAAGUCUUUACAAGGGCCCUGGGUUCAAACACCUCAGUGUGAUAUAAAUGAAUGGAAAAAAUGACACAUACAAUCUACAGUGCAGUGAGCCUCUGAAUUAUUUUUCUGAGGGCAGUGUAAUUAUUUAUCAAGCUCUGUAUACAAAUCAUAGUUUUCUAAUCUAGUUGCACAUUUAACCAAACAAUGAGUGAGUCAGAUAAUGUGAUGGUGACUCUCUAAAUAAUGUAUUUUCAUCUGCUUUAAAUGAAGGCUUUUAUAUGAUUGUUGUAGUAAACUUUCAUUGAACAUGUAACGCAGCAUUAUUCAAAUAUACUCUGCAUCAUAAAUGUUAAAACUCAAUGUAUCAGCUAUAUCCACAACUAAGAAGAGACGUGCAUGUGAGCCAGCCUUUGCUGGAGCAGGUUUGUUGAAACAUGU